AUGUCAACCGAACGUCAAACCGAGGAUGAACUUUGCGUUCCCCUCUAUUUUCUUGACCGUGUCGACUUGUGGAAAACAGUCAAGCCAUACAAUUUUCAGUACUAUCCCAAGGAAGAUUUCCCACGCCAUAACUUUCAGCAUUCUCCCAGCGAGACCCGAGUCAGGAAUAUGCGCGCUUGCGUGCCUCCUGCGUCCCUUGACGUCCAGGGAUUUGCGGUCCACCGUCUACAGACCACGAUGACAUACUCGGACUUUGACGAUGAAGCCACCAUAGAAUCUGUUUACUGCCGAGAGCUUGAGCAGCAUUUCAAGAGUGCACUGGGAGCAAAGGCGGUUCGAGCUUUGGACUUCCAGUUGCGGCGAAGGGAACCGGAGUUCCCAUACUUCGGCGGCAAACUGCCGCUUAAGCCUCAGCCGAGUCUGAUCACACAUGUUGACGUUACUCCUGAUGCAGCAGAGGCAAUCAUCCGCGAGCUCUAUGGACAAGAUGCUGCGAGCCAAAUCCUCCAGUCGAGAUUCCAGAUUAUCACCGUGUGGAGACCAUUCCGAGUCCCGGUCAGGGACUGGCCGCUGGCGAUUUGCGAUGCCACCAGUUUUGACCAAGACGACUUGAUCCCUGCCGACAUCAUUUAUCCAAAGUGGAUUGCAGAAAAUGGCAUGGUGCACUUCAACGAGAACCAGAAGUGGUACUGGCUUCCAGACCAUGCGCACGACGAAGUCCUCGUCUUCAAGGCAGUGGACUCGGAUGACCCUCGCGUAUCUGCCUGUCCCCAUGGUGCAUUCCCUCUUCCAGGGCAGAACGGAAGCGCCCUGACAAGAGAGAGUAUUGACGUGCGGCUGUUGAUCAUGUACGCAGACAUGGUUUAUCCACAACCUAAGCCUUGGAGCACCGGUCCUGUGGGGGCUUAG